AACCUCAUAGGGGAGAGAAGCAGUGAAUGUGUGGUUACAUAUUUGGUGAAUUCUGCCCUUGAUUCUGAUUCUUGAAUUUGAUUUCACUCUUCACUGCUCUCAAAAUCUUAUUCCAGAUUAGAUUUCUCAGUCUUUAUCCCUUUAUUUUUAUUCAGUUCAAUCUCAAAAUAUGCCUCCUUUACUGUUGUCUGUCUGCUUUGUUUGAUGGGAUAUUAGUUGUGAAACAUAAUCAGGAUAAACUUUUACCUAGCAAGCUCCUAAAAUCCACAGCUGUCUAUGGAUACCUGCAGAAAAAACAAAGAGGGGAAAAAUGAACAAGGAUAAGAUCUUCAAGUUAGCAAAGGGGUUCAGGGGUAGAGCCAAGAAUUGCAUAAGGAUUGCAAGGGAGAGAGUGGAAAAGGCCUUGCAAUAUUCUUACAGAGAUCGUCGUAACAAAAAGAGGGACAUGCGAUCUCUUUGGAUCCAAAGGAUCAAUGCUGGUACCCGUGUACAUGGGGUCAAUUAUGGGAACUUUAUGCAUGGGCUGAUGAAGGAAAACAUCCAACUUAACAGAAAGGUUCUAUCAGAGUUAUCUAUGCAUGAACCCUAUAGCUUCAAGUCUUUGGUUGAUGUAUCGCGAAAUGCAUUUCCAGGAAACAAGAAUGUUGUGAUUCCUCCUAGAAAGGUUGCUUUUUAGGGGUCAUGAUACUUUAGCAAACAUUUAGUGGUCUUUUAUGUUAGAAUCCUUAACAAAUUUUGAGGAUUUUGGGUUUCGUACGCUAUCCUUUCAAUUUUGUAUGUCUGUAAUUCUCGAAGUCGGUAUUGAGUACUCUUUAUCUGUAUGCUCUUCCUCCUUCCUUACCCCUUUUCAAUGUCAGAAAUGUUGGAACAAU